CGCCCCCUCGCCCCCUCUCCUCCGCCGGCCAUGCCCCGGGACUGGGGCGAUGCCGAGCCCCGCCCCAAGCGGCGUGUGGAUGACCGCCGGGAUCCUCCGCGCUCCUCCCCCGACGGCCUCCGGCGGGAGGCUGACCUCCGGAGCCAGCUCACCUCCCGCCCGGCUCGCCGUUCCCCUGCUCGUGACUCCCGCGACCCCCGCCGCUCCCCUCCCCGCCAAUCACGCCGCUCCCCGGCGCGGGAUGACCGCCGUUCACACUCGCCAGCCCGCCGAGAUCCGCCUCGCGAGGACUCCCGGGACCGGGCCAACUCGCCUGCCCGGCGCUCCCCUGCCCGAGGCCGGUCACCGACCCGGCGCUCGCCGGCCCGUGACGGCCGUGGCUCCCGCCGACCUUCCCCUCCGCGUCAGGCUCCUCCCGCCUCCGGGUCCACCGCCCCUGAGAACCGGCAUUACCAGCCCCCGCGCGCCCAAGCCGCUUUUCCGCCAUCUAACGGUGGCAACGGGAACCGUGGGCACCCGGGCGCUAAGAAGAAGAAGAAGGGGCCGCCUUGCCCUCCACCUGCCGCCUCCUCCGCCGCCGUGGUGACCCCGGCCUCGGGUGCCGUCGCCGCCCCCGAGGGUCCGUCGUGCUUCAACUGCGUCCUGCCCGGCCACUUCCAGGUGGCUUGCCCCAACCCACCGACCUGCUACCUCUGCAAGGAAGCCGGGCACCCUGCGGUUCUCUGUCCGGAGCGCCCGGUCACGGAGGAGAUCAUGAUGUACGGCCACGGCAUCGAGGACAUGGGCUUCUUCCACAUUGAGGUGCCGGAGCUUCCGCCUCCCUCACCCUCGCUCCUGGCCCUUGUGACAGUCGUGGGGAAGGGCGUCGCCACUCCGGAGCUGAUCGAGGCCGAGCUCAACCACCUCUGCCGAUGCAAGUGGGAUUGGCAGGUGACCUCCACCGCGCCCAACGCCUUCUCGGUGAUCUUCCCCGACGCCCUGAGCAUGGGCCUCUGCACCCGUAGCGACAGCAUCACCUUGGCCCUCAACGGGAUUGUGGUGAACAUCUCCGAGCCGAGGUGGGAUCCCAAGGCCGUGGCGGUCCUCGACACUGCUUGGAUCCUCAUCGCCGGCCUCCCAGACGUGGCCCGGUCUGAGCGGGUCAUUCGCAGUAUGUCCAAGAUCCUGGGCAAGGUGGUGGUGGUCGACGAGCUCUCUCUGCGCAAGGAGGAGGAGGUCCGGGUCAAGGUGAAAUGCCUGGACGCCUCCAAGCUCCACACCACGCUUCGGGUCUUCUUCAACGACGACGGAUACGACCUCACCAUUUGCCCCGAGCCGCCGAACCACAUCUGUCGCCCCCGCCUCUUCGCCGACAGCCUCCAGGGGAUGGGCCCGCGGAUGCCGAUGGCUCCCACCACCGGCGCCCCCGCCACUCCCGCUUCGACGACCACGAGGAGGACGAUGACAUCUCUGAGCGCUCCCGCUCCCCGUCUCGUGAGCCCGCCAACCCCCCCUCGGGUCGCGGCGGCUCCGGGCAGGGCCGCACCCCAGUGUCUGCCGCUGACCUCGCGGUGGCUCUUCAGCUGGCCGCACCCCCAGUGGCGCCCUCUCCCCCUGUCUUGGAGUCGGCCAGUGACAUCUCGAGUGUUGGUAUGCUCGCCGUGCCCCCCUCGUCGCCCCGUUCUCCGUCCGCCGACUCCGCUCGCCGCUCCUCUCCAUCGGAUCCGGAACCACCGUCCCCCCGGCCCCGACCCCUCCGGUCCUCACGGGUGGUGACGGUG